AAGUACCCGGUGUGAGUAACAAGUGCGCCUAAUGAGAGAGUUUAAUUUGGCAUCAGCUCAGUCGAACUUGUGCUGUGAAAACUCAGUGUUUUUGACGUAAUUAUUUUUCUUACAUUACAUUUAACAGCAGAGACUUAGCAUCGUAUGUGGUCAUGCAUCAUCUCCCGUCUGAGAAAGCACCAUUUUAUGUUUUUAUACGCGCCUGACCUUGUGUGUUCACAGCUAGCUCUAUGCUAACCUGUGCUCAGUGUUAGCCGGCUAAGCUAACUGUUUCAGAGGGCUCGUUUUGACUCUUCUCUUCUUGUUUCUGUCGCGUUCAUGAUGGAAGAUGAGGCGUUCACGGAUAUUAAUGGCAAACCCAUAUCUCUGGACUGUCAGAGUCACUCCAGCCUCUGCAGGGAGUUCACUGUGAGCGUCCCCAAAGUGUCCAUCGGUAAGGUGAUGGUGUACACCUGCUGUGUGUGGCUGCUGGCGUACGCUGUGUUCUUCUUCACACAGAACACAGCUGUUCUGUCAGGUGCUAUAUUCGUUACCCUGGCCGGCAUGAUGCUUCACAUCCACUUUGUGAAGGUAGACCACGAGUCCCUGCUCGUCAUCGGCUCUCUGGGCAUACAGCUGUCCUCCAGCUACGCGUCAGGCCGCGAGACCACCACCUUCAUCGAGAUGAGCAAGAUCAAGGAUAUUGUCAUCAAUGAGGCCAUUUACAUGCAUCAGAUCAUCUACUACCUUUGUGUGCUGCUGAAGGACCCUUCAGAUCCGAACGCAGUGUCAAGUGUUGUGCCAUUGUUUCAGAGCUCAAAGCCGAGGCUCAGCUGCUUGGUGACAGUUUAUAAAAGCUGUCAGGAGAUUCUCUCAAAGAGCUGAUGACACACACCAUAAUUUUUUAGGUCAUGCAGUAUGUUUUUAAUGUUUCUUUAAGUUUCUUUUUAAUGGAUCAAAGCAGAAAGAAGUUUUUAUUCCAUUUGUAUACAUCUUGAUUUGAUGUACACUGUAUUUUUCUUGAUUUUUCUCACCUGUAUGAAUGUGAAUGUAAUGUGUUGAAUACAAAAGCAAGUUGUGCCAUAUAUGAAACUCCAAUUUUAGUUUGACAGUGUCUUCAUGUUUUCUUGUGUUGUGUAGUUACUUGAAUAACUCAGCCCAGUCUGCAGGAAAGAUGUUGGUAUUGUACACUUCUGACAGUGUAUAAGUUACAUUUGUAUGCUGUUAUAUAGCAGAUGCUGUGAAACCUUACGCUUCAACAACACUGUGGUUAACAUGUGGUUAUGCUUUGACACAAAAACCACCUGGUUAUGGUUAGAAAAAGGCUAAAUACCCAUGUUUGGCACACAGUCCUGACAGGAACAGCAGCGAUAUGUCACUAGAAAAACAAGCGCUAUUCGUGGCACUAUCCCUGCUGGAAGAACCCAAAUGGGUCGUUAAAAAACACCCACACAAACAGCAAUGACUCACUAAAACACAGCUGGAUUUGCUGCUUGUUGGUCCUCUACCGCUGUCUGCAGUGAUCAGUGUGGACACCAUCCACCGUCCACUCCACCUCCAAAUGACAAAGUCAGCUCAUAUACUUUGCAACUUUAAAACGUUGAUUUAAUUCAUAUGAAACAUGCAGCUGUAAUCAUGGUUUGCAGAAACACACAAUACCAACAUUUUCUUCUGGAAACUGGGCUGUUAACUUGUGAAAAAUAGCACUGGUGUUAGAACACUUAUUUAAACCUAAAGACUUUAACUGUCAUCGUAUUAAAAACUAAAAAAUACCUUUGACAAAUUAGCCUUUUUUUAACUUAUAUAUGAAUUUAGAUUUCAGUUGACUAAUUAUGCCAAUGUCUGUAUUUUACAAGCAUCUACACAUUGUCUUUUUGAUAAAAAAUAAAUGUGAUAAAACAUUAAAACUCAAACCA